ACGCGGGCUCUUUGAUUGUCGAGCUGCAGAUUAAGAAGAAGUAAUGUUAUGGUAAUAGCUAGCUAGGUGUCUCCCUGGACUCUCGGUGAACAACUUCGUUUACCACAGCAGGGUAACACAUGUCAUGGCCGUUGGAGAGCUUUGCUUAAUAGAUAAAGACAUUUCAAGUUUAUUAGAGGUUCCACUGAAGUCCAAUAUCACAUCUCUAAAUCUCCACUGUAAUCGACUGUCAAAGAUUGAAGGUCUGACAACAACAUGGCACAUAAGACAUCUGGAUCUCUCAUCCAACCAUAUCUCUCGUAUCGAGGGCCUCGGCUCUCUCUCUUCAUUACGCACCUUAAACUUGUCGUGCAACAGCAUCACCAAAGUGGAAGGUCUCAAUGGACUUGUAAACCUCACAAGGCUGAACUUGGCUUACAAUCAAAUCAGUGACCUCACUGGUCUUUUACAUCUGCAUGGAGCUGAAUACAAAUUGAAACACCUUCAGCUUCACAGCAACUGUUUGGAUAGCAUGAACCAUCUACUGCAGUGCAUGGUGGGACUGCGCAAUCUGAGAGAUGUUACUCUCAGUAUGGAUGGUGCGGAUAAUCCAGUCUGCAGUCGUCCAGGCUACAGGGAGAUGGUCCUGCAGACCCUGCAGCAAGUCUCUAUCUUGGAUGGAGAAGACCGGCUGGGGAACCGUCCUCCUUCAGGAGAUGAAAGCCCUUUGGAUGUGCCUGGCCUUGAGGAUUUUCUGGAGUUUCUGAUUCCAACAGACAGUAGUGUCAGCGCAGAGCUGGUCCAGCCGGAUGCUCCUCUGCCCACUCCCCGGAUUGAUGAGGUUCUUACGCAGUUUCGACACCGUGCCAGGGCUCUAGGGAAGGCCAAUGAACUGGCACUGCAGGACAGCCCUCAGCUCAUCCCACAAAAAGGAAACUCAACAUCAGAUAACCAGACAAAUGAGCUUCGCAUUAAGAAACUGGAACAGCAGGUGUCCCAGCUCUUCCACAAGAGUCCAGCAGGCGAUGGUCCUGAUGCAAGCGCAGCUUCGCAGUCUGUGGUACGGAAAGCUAAAAGGGACACUGAUCAAACAUCAGAGAGCGAGUGUGACAGUGGGAAAGAGAACCAGCGAUGCUCAAGAAUUCCUUGCCCCAGAGGCACCUCCGGGAAGAAGCUGGUGAAAGACACCAAAGGCAAACGACCAGACAGUGAAGCAGGCACACAAAAGCGGCAGAGCUCAAAGCUUGCCGCUGGCUCCAGGCGGAGGGCAGCUGUCCAGAACCUGGGGUACACAGACACAGCGGCCUCAGUGAAGAGGGGCCUCAGAGUAGGCCGGACCACUCCUGACAAAAGCCACCAUCAAACAGAGGAGGAAACCUACAGGGCGAUAGUGGAGGAGCGGGACCAGGAGCGGGAACGGCGCUGGAAGGCAGAGCAGGCUGUAAAGAAGCUCACAGAGCAGGUGAAGGGCCUGCAGACACGUGCCAGUGAGGAGAAAGAGCUCCAGAGUAUGGCCUUACAUACAACUGAUAGACUGAAGGAGCUGUUGCUGAAGGAGCGCUCAGACCGGGCAGUGCUGCAGGCUCGGGUAGAAGAGCUGGAGGAGAGGUGCAGCACUGCAGCAGAACAGCUGGAGCAGCUGCGCAGCCAAGAGGACCUACACAAGAGGGCGCUGCGCAAUCUGCAGGAGUGUGUAUCUCAGGAAGAGGCGCUCAGGGCCGGGCAGAAGGCUGAGGAGAUGAAAAGGAAGCAGGAGCUGGAGAACAAGUGUGCUGUCCUCAGGCGAGAAGUGGAAAUACUCAGGGUGUCACUACGGCAGCAUAAAGACAAACUACAACAACUGCAGGAGCUGCUGACCUCCAGGGAGGAAGCACAUAGGAAGGAGCUGUCUGCGCGGCUGGUUCCUGGUGGGACUGAGUUUCGGGAGGCCGUGGGGACAGAGGUGGCAGCUGUGGAGCAGAGGCAUGCUCAGAGACAGGCUGAGAUGGAGCAUAAGCUGGCAGAGGCCAGAGAGCAGCAUGCGGCCCUGGAGGAUGAGUUCCGCAUGGCUCUCACCAUCGAAGCUAAGCGCUUCUCUGAGGUGAAGGAGGGCUUUGAGCUUGUGUCUGCUCAGCUUUCAGAGGUGAAGGCAGUUCUGACUGAGUCUCAGCAAAGAGAGAAGCAGUCAGGCUCUCUGGUACAGGAGCUCACAGCUAUGGUGAAAGAACAGAAAACUCGCAUAGCUGAACUCAUCAAAGCUAAACGUGAUGCUGUAACAGAAUUGAAGACGCGAGUUCGGACACUGGAGUCAGGGGCAGAGGAGGACAGGCGUCUGAGUGUGCAACUGGAACUCCUGAAGAAGGAAAAGACUAGGCUUAUCUCCCAACUCGCUGCACAGGAGUCUGUCAUAGAAGGGCUUCGGGCAGAGCGACGGCUCUGGGGGCAGGAGCUGGCCCAGCAAGGAGCGUCACUUGCCCAGGACCGAGGUCGAUUGGAGGCCAAAAUUGAGGUUCUGACUACUGAGCUGGAGACUCAGAAGAAACUGAAUGAGAAGGACAAUGACUCACUGAGGAUCAAAGCAAAGAUAGUGGAUGAUCAGACGGAGACAAUCCGCAAGCUAAAAGAGGCAGUGCAGGAAAGAGACGAGCAGCUUCGUGUUGUGCGUGACGAGAAUCUGCAGGUCCAGAGGAGAUUACAGCAGCAACUAGAGGAGGAGAUGGCCUCAAUGACCGAGCUCCGAGAGACAGUGAAUAAACUCAGCCUCAGGAAAGAGGAGCUUAAACAACAGCUUCUCGACAAAGAGGCUGAGAUGGAUGAGCUUAAAGAAGCAUACAGCACUUCAAGCCGAAAAUGGCAGGACAAAGCGGAGCUGCUGACCAGGCUGGAGAGCCAGGUGAAACGUAUGAAGGAGGGUUUUGACGCCAAAGAGAAAGCACUACUGGAGGAAAAGGAUAAAGCAUCCCAAGCACAUAAGGCAGCUGUUGAGAAGCUUCACUGUGUGGACGAUGCUUUCCGUAGACAACUGGAAUCUCUUCAGGCUUCUCACCAGGCUGAGCUGCUACGGCUGGCAAAUGACAAACAGAAACAGAUAGAGCAAGCCAAUCAGAGGGUGUUCCAGGUGGAAGAAGAGAUGAGGCAGCUGCUGGAGGAAACCGAGAGCAAUAAGAGGGCAAUGGAGGAGAAAAUGAGACGCCUCACCAACGUGCUCAAAGACUUCUAACCAUAUAAAUGCUGUUUCCAUUGAAUAACCUCAACAAAAACGUCAGGAAGUGCCUUGGCAGUUUUAGAGGAUGUCUGAAGUGUGGAGUAGAAGACUUUUUGGUGGGGUUGGCCAGGCUGACCUACCGAAGAUGUAGUUUUAGUAAUAUUUAUUUUUAUGUGUUGCAAAUAAUAUAAUAUGUAGCUGGCUAAGUUACUUUAAUUAUAAUGGUUCAGCUCAGAUUUGCUGUCACCUAGUUUGACCUGUUAUGUCUGUGGUGCGAUUUAAGAUCCAUGUAUAUUUUGUACUGGGAAUUAAGGCAUUCUUUUAGCCCAAAAUAUCUUUGAAAACCAUUAAACAAUUU